GUAUCGCUCCCCUCAGCAUUGAACGAUCCAAACAGCCAUCAAGAUAUUAGAGAUUUCAACGAAAUCAAAUCCAGGAAUUAAACUGGUGAGGAAACUGCCAGAAUAUUGGAUUUUUACAAUUUGGACUAAAGAAAGGAUAUGCUUUAUUUUCAACCAGGGCUUUAAACUGAUUUUCAACGGGAUCUCAACGUGUGAUGGCAGCAGUCCAGUGAAUUAGCCGUUCCCUUCCCCUGGCGUUGGAUUUCUUGGGAGCACGUUGAUUGAUUUGUCUGUGUAUAUUUGCACAUUGGGGGGGGGAGGUGGGGUGGGUCAUCAAAGUGGUUUUUACCUUUACUAUCAGGAUCUAUGGAGUGCCCAUAAACAUUCGCUGGAUUGGGUUUGUCAAAAGGAGCAGACAAUGUGGGUUACUGGGAAGGGGAUACGGAGAAGACCCUAAAGCUGCUGAAACCCUUCUCCCACUGCCUCCAGCGGUCUGAGAAGAUCAGACUUAACUGUGGCGCGCCUGGGCCGCUGGCACUAAGAUGUCCCUAAGCAGUGGUACUGCAGGAGGGAAAGGUGUGGACUCGAAUGCGGUGGACACUUACGACAGCGGCGACGAAUGGGAUAUAGGUGUUGGCAAUCUGAUCAUUGACCUUGACGCAGACCUAGAAAAGGACAAACUUGAGAUGUCUGGCACUAAAGACGGUGGGGGCAUGGCUGCCCCUCCCAGCGCUGUAGCAGCUCUACCCGACAACGUUACAUUUGUUAGCCCCGUAUCCGCUGCUCAAGGCAAAGAGAGUAAACCCAAAUCAAAGCGUAGUAAGAGCUCAAAGGACAGUGGCAAGGCCUCGGUUACAGACGGGGCCAAGAAAGACGCCCAGGUGCGAACCCAGGGUGAGGUCACAGGACCUGCCGUUGGCACAGGUCCCACGGCAAACUCAAACUCUGGAAAGGGUGCUGAGAAGAGCAGCAAAGCCUCCCGUAAUGUUUCUGGUGGAAAGAAGGACAAGGAGGUGGGCUCUGGGAAAAGUAAGAAGGAGAGAAGUGAAUCUGUGGCUACUAUUGAGAAGGAUGUAGGUGUCCUAGUGUUGCCUUUGGCAUGUCGUGGCAUUCCAUUUGAAGGUACGCAAAGUACAGACUUGGCUGUGGCUGAGCAACUUGGGAAUAUCGCCCUGGAUUCCACACGGAUUGUUGUACCACCGUUAGCCAUUAAAAGUGAACCAGAGGAGAUGGACAACGGCGAAUGCAGAAACCUGAAGAAAAUGAAAAGUGAGAAGAUGGAGUCUCCGGUGUCCGUGCCCGCCACUCCACCGCUCCAUCUCAUGGCGCCGGUGGGCAACAGCAAUGACAGCAUCGCCUCACCCUGUGAGCAGAUCAUGGUGCGCACGCGCUCAGUGGCGUCCAACACGACGGACAUGGCCUUGGCCACGGAGCCCGAGUGUCUGGGGCCCUGCGAACCCGGGACCAGCGUCAACCUGGAGGGCAUCGUCUGGCAGGAGACAGAGGACGGCAUGCUGGUAGUUAACGUGACCUGGAGAAACAAGACCUAUGUCGGCACCCUCCUGGACUGCACCAGACACAACUGGGCCCCGCCAAGGUUCUGUGAGUCCCCCACCAGUGACUUGGAGAUGAGGAAUGGCCGGGGCCGGGGGAAGAGGAUGAGGCCUAACGGAAACACACCCAUCAACGAGAACAGCAACUCGUCGGACAACAAGGGCAGCGGCACCAGCAAGACGCGCGCCGCCAACAGCAGCAGCAAGAGCCGACGGGGCACGCCGCCCAACAGCAACACAGAAGACGUCAAAGCCAGCCCUUCGUCGGCUAACAAGCGCAAGAACAAGCCUGCCUCAGACAUGGAGCCCAACUCCAGCUCGGAGGACACCAAGGGCAGCAAACGCAUGCGCACCAACUCCAACAGCGGCCCUGGAGGAGUGCCCCAGCCGCCUCACACCGUCCUCCCUGGCAAACCCAGCAUAAAGAUGGAGCCACUGCCCCCACAGCAACUCGACCGCAACUGCCCUUCGCCGGUGCUCAUUGACUGCCCGCACCCCAACUGCAACAAGAAGUACAAGCACAUUAAUGGCCUCAAGUACCACCAGGCCCGUGCCCACAAUGAUGAUGACAUCAAGCUGGACAUGGACGGAGACAGUGAGUACGGGGAGGACUCUACGCUCCACCCCGAUCCGAGCAGCUGCAAUGGGGCCUCCAUCUCUCAAAAGGGCUGCUUGUCACCGGCUCGCUCAGUCACGCCCAAGGGUAGGGGCUUUGAGGCCCAGACUCUGUCGCCCUCCUCGGGUAAGUUUGGCUCCAAGCAGGGUAAAAAGAAGCUCUGCGAGGUCGAUCUAGAGGCAGGGGGCAUGCCCAUGGAUGGCUGUGAGGACGGGCCCUGCCUAACGGACGAGGCCAGCAACGACGGCAUGGACGACAAGAAGGACAAAGCCAAGAAGACGGGUAGCGGCUCCAAGGCAGACAAGCUGGCCCAGAAGGGCAUGAAGUUAACGCGGCCCAUCGCCCCGACCAUACCACCUCAGCAGCUCUACUCCCUACAGACGGCAGGCGGCUUCCCCGCAGCCAGCCUUGGCUCCACCUCUGCCAUUAGUUCAGCAGUUCAGUCUAUCCCCAAGAGCCCACAGCUGAAAGCGAUCCAGCCCAAGCCCUCGGCCCUGGGAGACCCCUCGUCUGUGAACCCAGCGCUGAGCGGCUCCAAGGACAAGAAGAAGAAGGACAAGAAGAAGAAGGAGGCAGGAAAGGAGGGAGAUAGCCCCAAAGGGAAAGGGGGAAAGCCAGAGGAAGGCAAGAGCCCGUACUCUGAAUCUUCGGACCCGGGGAGCAAAGGCGACGGGCUGCUGAACGGCUCAUCAGACCCCCACCAGAGCCGGCUGGCCAGCAUCAAGGCCGAGGCGGACAAGAUCUACAGCUUCACCGACAACGCUCCCAGUCCCUCCAUCGGUGUGGCCAGCAGGAUAGAGGCUGGAGGCAUGGCCCAGCCCCUCACCCCACUCCAUGUGGUCACACAGAACGGAGCCGACAACUCCUCGGUGAAGACCAACAGCCCGGCCUACUCUGACAUCUCAGACGCGGGCGAGGAUGGCGAGGGCCGGGUGGAGGGCGUCAAGGGAGUCAAGUCCGAGGAGCAGGCCACCCGAGAGGGGGCCAAGAAGUCCCUGUUCCCCACCCAAACAGCCAGCAAGGAGUCCCCCUACUAUCCCGGCUACGAAAAUUAUUACUCCCCAAACUACGCCAACCCUAACCCUAGCCCGGGGGUGUCGGCCACGGGGGGCACACAACAGGAGGGGACCCAGGUCAAGGUGAAAAAAGAGGAGCAGGAGGAGCGUAAGGUCAAGCAGGAGCAGCAGGAGGAGCGUAAGCCCGAGAUAGGUACCUCUGGACCGGGGCAACAGCAGCAGCAACAGGCCUCGGUCAUCCAGCAGCGCUCCAACAUGUAUAUGCAGCCUCUCUACUACAACCAGUAUGCCUACGUUCCCCCGUACGCCUACCACCCGGACCAGGCCUACCACAACCACCUGCUGAACACCAACCCGGCCUACCGGCAGCAGUACGAUGAGCGGCAGAGGCAGGUGGUAGCCGAGCAGCACCGCGCCGCCGAGAAGAAAUCAGACGCUGCUGGAAAGGAGCGAGAGCGAGAGGGCUCCUCAGGGAAGGAGCGGGGUGAGGAAUGGAAGCAGAAGGCUUUGGUGCCCCCCACCCUGUCCAAGGCUCCCAGUGUCACAGAUCUGGGCAAAGGCGGGCCGCCCCAGGGCAAGCCGCCCAAAGAGCCCUCGUCCUCCUCGGAGCAGACCAAGUCAUCGGUCAUCAUGCCCAAGGGGGAGGACGCCAAGGCGCCGGCCCAGCAGGCUGAGGGGCUGAAGAUGAAGCUGAGUGAAGGAGGGCACCACGGGAAGGGGGAUGAACCCAAGGCGGGCAUGGAGUCCGGCAGGCCCUCGGCCAUGGAACAGGCCAUGUGGUACAGACAGGAGCCUGACUCGCGGCUGUGGCCUUACCUCUACCCCAGCAAAUACCCUGAGGCCCAGAAACCACAGGACGUGGAGCGCCACAGGGAAAGAGACAGAGACCGAGGAGAGCGGGACAGAGACCGAAAGGGCAAGGAGGGCAGGGACGAGAGGGCUCGGCCCAAAGACCCCACCCCGAAGGAGGAGAGCAAAGAGGGGGUUGAGCCCCGGUUGUCUUUGGCCUUGGAGGAACACCGGGGGGUGGGAAAGGACCCAAGGGCCACCGCUGGCCACAUGCAGUUCUCCUCUCCCAUGGCCCAACACCAAGGCUACAUGCCUUACAUGCAUGGAGCCUAUGCUUACGGCCAGGGGUAUGACCCCAGCCACCCGGGGUACCGUGGGAUGCCAUCAGUCAUGAUGCAGAACUACCCUGGGUCCUACUACUCAUUCUCCCCCUAUGGCAGUAAGAUGGGGCCGGGCGAGGAAGGCGGCGAGAAGGCAGCGCGCGCCAGCCCCACGGUCAGUGGCAAGUCGUCCUCCGAGGCCAAGGCCCUGGACAUCCUUCAGCAGCACGCCAGCCAGUACAAGAGCAAGUCGCCCACGGUUGGCGACAAGACCUCCUCGCAUGAAAGGGAACGGGAGCGCGCUGUGGCCGAGCGCGAGCGAGACUUGGACCGGCCGCGUUCCUCUCCCUCACAGCGCAUCAUGCCUUCCCAUCACCACCUGGGCUACCCGCUGCUCUCGGGGCAGUACGACCUGUCCUACGCCACAGGUCUCUCUUCAUCAGCCAUAGUUGCCAGUCAACAAGCCUCCUCCCCCUCCAUGUACCCCCCUGCACGGAGAUGAGAAUGGGAGACCUGAUUGGCUGACCUCGACCUUGCUUGGAGCCAUGUGACUGGAUCACACGAAGAAGCCUGCUGCAGAGCUCAUUUUAAGACAUCAGUUCAAUGGUGUUUGGUGUUUUUUUUUGUUGGUUUCUGCCUGGUUGUUCCGGCUGUUCUGCUUCCUCCUCCCUCCGCUAGUGGGAUGUCCAUCCUACGGCAAGGCUUCCCGUGGCUCGGUUGAGGGCUCGCCGAGCCCCCCUCCUCUGGCCGGCCAGUCACUCACGUGAUGGACUAAAAGGUCUGAGGCCUGACGAGGCUGACGCGUUCUGAUGGAGUGAGGCCUUAUCACACGGACGGCCAUAUUGGAAGUGGAGGGUGCAGAUGGGACAGGGGGUCGAUCAGAAAUCACUACAUAGAGAUAUGGACCUAUAGGACUGAUGGCUGACCCUGAGACUAAUGGGUAAUGGGUUGCAGCUUGACUUCUGGGUUGUUUCAUUCAUCCACCAAACUACCCACUGACCCGGAGGACAUUUUAAGACAUUCAUUGUAAUGGACCCAUUUUUUUUACAUUCUGUUUUAU